AUGAGUAGUGUCAAGACUGCAACACGUUGCAGAGAGGAGGAUUGCCCGCAGGGCAGGGAGCAGGGGACAGCUGGGCGGAUGAAAGGCGCGGGCCGGCGGCCAUUCCAUCUCAAAGGCAAGAUUAAUAAAACGCAUUUUAAAGCCAAGGAAAAGGUACCUGAUGUGCGAAGAGGGGAUGCAGAUAUGCUACUGAUCGAGCUGCAUGAUCUCUUUGACUUCCGGCACUGCAUGCAGUCGGGGAAUACAGGAGAAAUGAAAGUCGAUCUCGAUGAGGUUGCUUCGAUUGAAUAUAUACACGAUCCAGCCUGUGUAUACAAAAAAAAAGGCCCUGUACCCCUGCAACCAGAUGACGAUGAGGAUGUGGGCAGCGAAACAUCGGCCGAACCAUUGGAUCCGCUGACCGACGUGGAGCAGAGCGGCGUGGGAUUUUUGGCGUCGGGUGUCUAUUCGGCAAUCCCUGAGAGGUGUAGUGGUGGCAUGUUCCUAGAGUCUAGCUGCCACCGCGAUGUACCGAAUAAGCAGACGCUAUUCCUACUUUUGCAUGACCUAAUACAGGGUGAUGCCUAUGAUGAAUGA